UUCCGAAUGCGACGCAGCGUGCGGUCGGGCCUUUGUUUUCGACCCGCGACUAUUGUAUCUACAACGCACGAUAAAUUUGAUUUUUAUGCCUCUAUAAAAAUUUUUAAAUGUUUACGGGCAUAUAGAACACGUAGGUAAACGAAAACUAUAAAAGUAAUUUGUGCCAGACCAUAUGCUUCGUCCUAUUAAACGCUCUAUACGGAUGAGGAUGUAGGGACAUAUUGUCUUCUGACACGACAUCGUUUAGGAAAAAAACCCCGUAUUAGCUCAGCCCCGAAUCGUCGGUAAAUUUCAGUGAUGAUGAAAGUGGAGCACUAUUAUCCGACCAACAGCCGUCUGUUGACCGAGCCGAAAUUCGGGCGGGCCAAGCGCAUCAAAAUUUGGAUAAACGGCGAAUUGGAUUGCGCGGAGUUCAUCAUAAAUCCGAAGAACUUCAGGAGCUGGAUAUCGAUCCUGAACCACCUCACGGUGACGCUGCAACCCAGUUUCGGGGCCAUCAGGAAAUUGAUAGCUUUGAGCAAUUUGGACGCGGUGGAUUGCUUCGAGGAUCUGGAUCCUAGCGAUAGAUACGUGGCGUUGGGCGCCAGUUGCCGGUUGAAACUGCCCCCGGGAGGGUACAAAGAGAAGCUAACUUUACAUCUGCCGAAGUCGAGCAAGAAAUUCUAUGAAGGGGAGUUCAACUAUAGAAAAGCGAGGUUUCUAACGGAAUCGGAGAAGAAAAAAUUAAUGUUGAUUUACGUUACUGUUAAUGGGAGAACGAACCAGGUGCCUCAGAAAGCUGUUUUUAAAGACACAGAACUGAGAAAUUGGGAUGUUGUUCUGAUGUAUCUAGCUAAGAUACUUCACAUACCUGAAGGUGUUGAAAGUGUUUGUACUAUAUUUGGCGAUAUUUUGGAGAACCCUAGACAAUUACAACACGGUUACGUGUACGUAGCUAUACCCUUCAAGGAGUGUUUCGUUUGCUUGGAUUAUUUGAGCUUGUUCAAAAACGAGACAAAUUUCAGGAAAUUCUACACUUUAGCAAUUCGACCUGGUCACGAUUGCUUGAGCAACAAAGGUAGUCCUAGAUUGAAAAAAUCCACACUAUCAACCUAUCGCUUAGAAAAGAAUAAAGCUCAGCAUGAUGAAGCAGAACCUGCACUGGCAAAAUUGCAGACUGGCAAUAACCAGUACAGGGUUCGCAGUGUGGAGGCUUAUAACAAGCACUUGCAGCGUUGUUCGAUAGUAAGAAAUAAAGCGAUGAAGGAGAAAAUGAGAAGGGACGUGGCGAAUUCGAUAAAAGCUUUCGAGCAACGAAUAGAAGAAAUCGAAAAGGAAAAACUGCGAAGGAGCAAAACUUGCUCGGAAAUUCAACAUUGUGGGAAGCAAUUCAAUCAAGUGCGAUGUCAAACCGAGUUCGAAUUCAAACCGAUCAUUUCAACUAAAACGAGAGAUAGUGGUUGUGGCGAAACAAUUGACUCUGGAUAUUCGACUGUUGAAAAAAAGUCCCUCCAAAUGCAAACUGAUGUCUCAGAUAUUUUACAAGGAACUGGAGGUACUGCAGACAAAGGAUCAGCAACAGUGGCUACUAAACAAAUUGAAACCAUUCAAACAAAUAAUCCUGAAAAAGGCACCAAUUGCAACAGUGUAUCUGAUACAUCUGAAUCUACAAUUACUAUAGAAUUAACCAAAGAUAUUAUCAAAAACGACAAGGGCACACCUGCUUCAAAACAUAGUAAGAGUAGUGUUACAUCAACAGAUUCCGAGCAGGCUCAAAAAUGCCACAACUGUUAUGAAUUUGCAAACGAGUACAUGAGAAACGAUAAAUGCACAAUGUUUGUAAUCCAGGAAGUCACCGAAGGACCCACAACUUCAGAAAGUGACACCAAAGAACUUCUCUCUCCUGAUGGUAGAAGAAUGUACAGCACGUCUUCAGAUGUUUCCAGUGAAGGAAAAAGCACCGCUAAUGGCUCACAAAGAAAUAAUUGUAUAGUUGAUAGAUUGCAAGCACUGUUUGAAAAAUCUGCGCAAAUUGAUGUCCCCCUCAUAGAAGAAGAAAAAAUAUGCCUGGAAUGCAAAUCCUCCUACUGCGAUUCGUUGUUAGAAGGGGCCGAAUACGAGUGCCAAGAUUUAGAUUUUGUCGACGAUUUUGUAGAAGACAUUCCGGUAAAUUUCAACAAUACCAAGCCCAAAACCUCCGAUAACGUAAAGGAAUUCCAACGAAACCGAAAUCAAACGACAUUCGGGAAAAUAGCAGGUAGUAACGGAAAACAAUUAGUAAACUUCAACUACACCAAAGCCCAAGAAAAUCGAGUCACAUCCUGCCCCACUAUAAUGUUUCCUGCGCGCGAUACUUCUUCGUCGCAAACUUCAGACCAUGCGUUUCGAGCCCCGUCGCACGUCACUCAUCAGAGCACCUCCAAAACCUCGUCAUUGGACGUCCAUUCCGGCUCGGACAUGUCCUUUAAGUCUAACUGCACGUUGAAAUCGCACAGGAGCAACGGGAGGAUCGACUCGAUCCUUGAUAGGGAUAACUCCACGGCAUCUUUCAGCGUUGAGAAAUACAUUGUGCAGAGCGAGGAUGUUACCAUGUGCGAAAUUAGUACGAAGAAUAUUCGACCGACUGUUAUAGUGAUGAAGGAAAUCGAACGGGCGGAAUUUUCGAAGAUGGUUUCGACUACGAAAAUCGUGGAAAUUACGGAUUCUUUGGAAAAAUUGCCGAAAAGAUUAACUAUUGAAGAAGUUUAAAAUGAAACCAUAAUGGAAAUUGUGUACUUAAUAUGGUUAGCAAGGAUCUGAAGUAAGCUAAAUCACCAAAAGAUUGACAAGAAAUGGAUUUCAAUUCAAAUUAAUAAUUUAAAGAUUGAUACUCUCGUCCUCGCCCAACGCGGCAGCCAGCCAGGGAAGCUUCUCUUUGAGCAAUUCCAACGCAGAUUUAACAACUUGAGGUUCUAGAGGCGGAGUGUGAGUAGUCGAUAGAGGAGGGCCAGGAGGGUAGGGCGUUGUUAGUGGCAUUCCAUUAUAAAUGCGGUCGCUGUAGUCAUAUUCGUCUGAUUCAAGGACAGGUCCAGAAAAUCCUCCAGCUCCUCCAACCGUGGCGAAAUUGUUGGAUUGGAAAGCAAUGGGCUUGGCAUGGAAACCGCUA